AUGUUGUCGGAGGUUGUGAAGUCGAAAAAGGGCAUGUUGGCCCCCACCUUAACCCUCGCAUCCAUCACCUGCAACUCCCCAACCUCCGGCACAACCGUCAACCCCGGAAACUCCCUAACCUUCCAAUGGGGCGAUUCAGGAUCGUUCCCUAAAUCCGGAGACGUCUACUCUGCCGACGCGACCAUUUCCUGCUCUGGCGGCAGCGGCUCCCAAAUCGCCAAGCUUGAAGGGAUAUCCAACGGACAGUCGUGGACGGUGCCUGGGAAUGUGUUGGAUACUUGUGGAGGUGAUGGCGGAUUGGAGGUUAAGUUGUCUGGGUCGAAUUAUGACAUGCUGCAUUUGACGCAUUGGUAUUCCUUUGAGGCGCAGUGUGGGCGUGUCGAGGUUCAGCCGCUGCCUGUGGCAACUACUACGACAACUACGGCCGCGACUACGACUACAACUACGACCACGACGACGAGUGCUGCAUCGGUGAUAACUGCCACGACUAAAUCGGCUACGACGCCUAUGCCUACGCUCUCGACUGCGGCACCGACUAUUUCUGUCACUCCUUCCGUCAACGGAACCAUCCCUGGCGUCCUCCCUCCAAUCGCACCCGGCGCCAACCCAGAAGUGACCGGACUCAACCCCAACGACCCCUCCUCCCCUUCCUCUACAUCCUCCACCUCUUCAGACUCUUCAGACUCUUCAUCCAGAUCCGGAGACUCUUCAACCAAAUCCGGAGACCCUCCAUCCAAAUCCGGAGGCCCUUCAAAGGCAGCCCUGGGAGCCUUGGGUGCCAUCGGCGGGCUCGCAGCGAUCGCAGUCCUGAUCUUUGGAUUUGUCCUCUUCAAACGCCGUCAACGCCAUCGCGCCCGCGAGGAGCGUUGGAUGGAUCAUAACUAUUCUUCCGCCUCCAUGUCCGACCAUAAGGGCCCCGGCAGCUUCAACGGCGGAGGUAACGGUUACGCGUUCAGUAGUCCGGGAGUAGGUGCCACCACCUCUUCUGUAUCGAACCCUCACCUCCAUUCUACAGAAUACGUAAUCCCACAACCCGCACCUCCCGCAGACCAGAACGACGACGACAACAAUGACAAACAGCCCGAAAUGUCGGCGGUUCCUGCUCGGCCAGCACGGACUUAUCAAGGAGAUUUCGACGACCCGACAACGCCCUGGGACGGCCAACUCGGGUACCUCCAACCCUUCCCAUCAUCAUCAUCAUCAUCAUCACAGCAAGCAAGCAGCAUUAUCAUCGGCGCUGGCGCCGGCGCUGACGAGAAUAUGGACCUGGGAUACGAGUACAUACAAGACUACAUCCCUUCCAACCCCACCUACCAACACGACAACGACACCAACAACAAUAACAGACAACUGUCAAUGAGAGCGAGUAGUCAACUGCCCGAAGAUCUCGACUACUUUGCUCGACUGCGCGAAGCCUCUUGGUCCAUGCCUCCCAUACCCCCCAACACUUCGUCGCCCCCAACACCAACAACAGUCGACGGCCUUGAUUGCGACAUCAGGACAACAGCCAUCCAGCAGCCCCACUCAGAUGCUGUGCCUGAUCCCUCUAGCUAG